AUGCUAAGUUCGAGGUUAUUUCACACAUCUGGAGUCAUGCUUCGGAUUUCUAAUACACAGUUUAGGGUUAUUCCUAAACCAACGGAGCAAAUUCCUGAUGUUAACACUUUUCUCUCUAAGAUUGGGAGAAAAUGUGAUGAGUUUACGGAUAAAUUUGAGAAUAAAUGGGAGAACCUGUUCGGUUGGGAUUCGAGGAUAUUGAAGGACAAGGGCAUACCAGUUUCACAGAGGAAGUAUAUUCUGCUGCAGGUUGAGAAGUUACGGAAAAACGAGCCUGUUCAUGAAAUAAAGCUGGGUAAGAAAUCGUUCUUUGGAGGCGAAAGGAAGAGAAAGGAGACCAUUGCAAAGUGGCGGGCGGAGCAGAGGAAUUCUAAAUGA